AAUUCUUACAACCUGAAAGCCAUAAAAAGCUCAAACAGAUUCCAUCAAUGGCGGAGGUCACCUACCUUCGUCUCCACGAAUUAGAAGACGAUCCCAGCCACCCCGACCAAAGCCUAGUCCUUGACUCCUUCCCCAACUGGCCCCCCUACGACUUCGACCUAUAUGCUUCUGAUCCCGAAUUCCCACCGUCCGAUCACUCUAUCCAUGCCCACAUCACCGUCCACGAAGACGAAGUUCUCUCCCAGCACGAAUCCACCAUCAACGUACGGUGCUUAGACGACGACGAAAAUGUUUCAGAGCUUGGUUCGAUUGCCAACGCCGAUAUCUUGGACCGCGAGAACCAGGUUAAUUUUGUCAUCGAUCUCUUCCACCAACGUGUCGAGCAGUCUCCGGGGAUUGGCGUCUGCGAUUUGGUAUCCGAGAUGCUUGACGAUUCGAAUUUUGGGGUGAUUGAGGGAAAUUGCGACGUGGGUAUGGAUGGUUUAGACUUGGAUUUAGGGUUAGGGUUAGGGAUUGAUUUAGGAAUGGAUAGGCAUUUCCUGGAAGUUGAUGGUGACGAUGAUUUCUUCGUGGCGAGGAGGGUUUCUGGUUUAGAAUCUGGCGAGGCAUCAUCUUCUAGUGUAAGAGGGGCGGACGCUUUCGAUAGCUGUAUUCGGCUUGUUGGGUAUGUCUCUGACUCAGAUGACGAGGAUAAUGGAGUUAUCGGAAUUGAUAUGCAGUCUGAGGAAUCUUAUGAUGUGGACCAUAUACACGAGGAGAACGAUGAUGAUACAGGUAUUCCUCUUUGCUGGGAUUCGCUUCAAUUGGAGGAUCACAGAGAAACAAUUGAAGAUUUUGAGUGGGAGGAAGUGGACGGUCGGAUUGAUGAGAGAGAUGUGUUAAGUUUGUCUAUGGAUGCUGAUCACAGAGGAUCUAUUUCUGUUUCGAUCUCUCGUUCAGUUGCUCCUUCAGAGGAAGAAAUAAGUUUGGAGAGAGAAGUUGGUUUAGAAAAUUUGGAUUGGGAAGUUCUGUUGAGUACUGAAAAUUUGGAUACAAACCCAGAAAAUGAACCUUAUUUGGGUGAGCAUGAUUAUAUUUAUCCUGCAGAAUAUGAUAUGUUGAUUGGGCAGUUUAAUGAGACCCCAACCGAUAUGGGCCGGCCUCCAGCGUCUAGAACUGCUGUGAAUAAUCUUCCUUCUGUUGUUUGGACUCAAGAGGAUGUAAAGAAUAAUAAUGCACAUUGUGCUGUUUGUAAGGAUGAAAUUAAUGUUGGGGAACAAGCGAAGCAGCUGCCUUGUUCUCAUCGUUAUCAUGGUGAUUGUAUUGUGCCAUGGCUGGGCAUUAGGAACACUUGCCCUGUUUGUCGCUAUGAGUUGCCCACUGAUGAUGCUGAUUAUGAGCUUAAGAAAACACAAAGGGCUACACAUCGCCUCUGAUUUGAAACAGAGAAGAAAUACACGGCUAAGAAUAAGCAAUAUCUAAUUGGAAUUUCUUUUGCCACGAGAGUUCACAAUAAGAAAUUGAGUUGGCGAGGUCGAAGAUGGAUUCAGCUAAUGCAUUGAGGUUUAAUUGAAGCAUGUCCGAUCAUAUCAACUUGGUUUUGCAAAGCUAUGCUCAACAUUUGCUAAUUUAAGAAGUAGGAAUGGAAAGUUUGUCAUCUCAGUAUAAGCUCUAACAAUUUUGAAAUGCCUGCGGUAUUAGUAGUACUACUACUAUUAUUAUUAAUUUUUGCCAAAGUUUUGUAUAGUUGUUAUAGGCGUUCCUGAUAGACUUUGAUUAAUGUUUCAUUGUUUUGUUGGAUAAAGAAAUCGUUUGGUGGCUGGAUGCGUGUACGUGUUAUAUUAUGGAGGUACUUAUUACUAAUUUUUUUCCGGAGCUAUAAAAUGUUAUGAUUAGUACUUGAA